UGUACUUUUUAGGAACAGUAAAAAUUUCCCUUCAUUUUCAUCACCUCCUCUCCGAUUUGGAGAGAUUGAGAAAUUGUGUGUACCGUAGGAAAAUAUUGAGAGUUUUCCUCUCUCCAAAUUUUCUCACUUGUUCCGAACAGAAGAAAUUGAGAAUUGCAAGCUCUCUAGCUAGCUCGCGAAGAUGAAGAUGGCAGUAGCGAUGUUCCUGAUUUUGCUGAAUUGCGCUCUAUGGCGCAUUUGCUUGGCCGGCCGGCUUGUGGUGGACAUGACUCUGGUUCAAAAUGCUUCGGCUCUCGGUGCCUUUUGUUUGGAUGGAAGUUUGCCGGCAUAUCAUUUGCAUAAAGGAUCCGGAGCUGGUGCAAACAACUGGAUUUUGCAGUUCGAGGGUGGGUGGUGUACGAUUUAAAUCAUGCUUGAGAAGAGCCCAACACGCCGUGGAUCUGACAGAGCAAAUGACAAGGGGGAUUUCAAUGGAAUCCUAAGCGAUGCUUCUCUUAAUCCAGAUUUUUACAACUGGAACCGUGUGAAGCUUAGAUAUUGUGAUGGAGGCUCAUUUGCUGGAGAUUCCAUGUCUGAAAAUGGGACAGUCAUUUAUUUCAGAGGACAAAAGAUUUGGGAGGCAAUUAUUCAAGAUCUUCUCCCACAAGGGUUAGCGCAGGCAGAAAAGGCUAUGCUUUCAGGUUGCUCUGCUGGGGGUUUAUCAGCCUUUCUCCAUUGUGACAGCUUUGCUCAAGUUUUACCGAAAACUGCCACCGUGAAGUGCUUGAGUGACGCAGGAUUUUUUCUGGAUGCAAAAGACAUCAGUUUGAACUACAAGAUGAGGUCCGCCUUUCAAAGUCUUGUUACUUUGCAGGGGAUAGAAAAGAAUCUCAACAAAGACUGCACCAAUUCCUUGGAAGAUCCGAAACUGUGCAUCUUUCCACAAUAUGCAUUGAAGUUCAUUAAAACACCAUUCUUCAUCCUGAAUACAGCUUAUGAUGUGUUCCAAUUGAACCAUAUAUUGGUGCCUCCUUCUGCUGACUCGCGCGGACAAUGGAAGAGUUGCAAGCUGGACAGAGCACAGUGUGAUGAAAAGCAGAUAGAGACAUUACAAGGUUUCAGAAGUGAAAUGCUGACGGCCCUGGAUUUCCUCAAAAAUUCCACCCAUGGGGGAAUGUUUAUAAAUUCUUGCUUUGCUCAUUGUCAAAGCGAGUCCCAGGAGACAUGGCUUGCGGUUGACUCCCCAAGGUUAAACGACAAGACCAUAGCAGCAGCAGUUGGUGAUUGGUAUUUUGAUAGAAAUAUAACCAAAGAGAUUGACUGUCCAUAUCCUUGUGACAAUAACUGCCAUAACAUUACACCAUCAUCCCCGGUACGUAAUCUCCUCCUAAAUCAAAAUAUUUUUGAGAUUAUAUCUAGAAUCGUUGUAAGGGAAGUGCCUCGAGACAGGGGGGGCGGGGUGAUCCGCAAUCCCCUCGUUAGUGGUGGGGAAGACCGACAAGGGACAGAGCGGGAACAGGUUCCUUUGGCGCGCAAAAUGAAACUUACUCACUCGAACCAGCAGGUUAUGCGAGCAAUCAACGAGAUCACACAACAGAAGACUGAAGAGCAAAUGGUUUGCCCACAAAGGAGGCGCGGUAUUGUGAAGGUCCCAUCGUCCCCUCCCAUGCGUAGGUUCGGAGAACUUUAA